CAACCCACUGCCAUUCGUAUGUAAAUAAGCCUCGGGACUGUUGAGAGACUCCAGGAAGUCCUCUAGAUUUUUCGUGUCAGAGUAUGUUACAAGACUUAAAAUCUUUUGGUUGGAUGCGAGCAAACGUUGGAUUGUAAGACACAGAGAAAAAAAAAAAUUUUUCCCAUAAUACAACGGGAUUACAUUCAACAUGGAGGACCUAGUGGUCGAAGUUUGCAGCCCGAACGGGAUUUAUUACAAGGCAUUUGUGAAGAAUAUACAUGAGGAUGAAAUCCUGGUUUCCUUUGAGAAUGAUUGGCAGCCAGAACAAAGAGUUAAGUUCGCCAAUGCUCGGCUUCCCCUUCCAGACCAGGCUGGUCAUCGAGAAAACCAUGACGGAGAUCAUGUGGAGGUAUACACAAACUCUAGUGAGAAGGAACAGAUGGGCUGGUGGCCGGCCGUGCUGAAGAUGUUGAAGGGCGAGUUUGCCGUGAUAGAAUACAGCGGGUAUGACUCAAAGUACACAGACAUAGUCCCUCUGGAACGAGUUCGAUCUGUCAACCCAAACCCACCCAUAGAUAAGGACACAUUUCAGAAGUUUUCUGUAGAAGUGCCUAUAGAUUUACGGGAGGUUUGCCAAGAUGACCAUGAGCACGCUGAGUUUAAGAAACAUAUAGGAGGGGGCUGUGUUUGUUUUGAUCAUCAAGAGGGGACUCUGAAUGUCAUGUCCCUCAAGGAGUCUGUGAUAAAGAGGGCCUCUAUGCUAGCUGAUAUGCACUUACGCAAUGUCCGUCAGAAGCUGAUGUUGAAGAAGAGAACAGAGGAAGCAGUUCAAAGGCUUCAGAGUACAAAAAUCCGCUCGGGUUACACAGAGGAGUUUCGCGUGCGAGACGAUCUGAUGGGGCUGGCUAUUGGGACACAUGGUGCUAACAUACAGCAGGCCAGGCAUGUAGAAGGCAUUACCAAUAUAGAACUGGACGAGGAUACGUGUACUUUUAAAGUUCAUGGAGAGUCACAAGAAGCUGUGAAGAAAGCCCGAGUCCUGCUGGAGUAUGUAGAAGAGACGUUUCAGGUUCCCAGGGAACUUGUAGCAAAAGUAAUUGGUAAAAAUGGGCGUAACAUCCAAGACAUUGUGGAUAAGUCGGGCGUUGUGAGAGUGAAGAUUGAGGGAGAUAAUGAGAGUGAAACGCCACGUCAGGAGGUAAUGGCGUCACUGGGACAAGUGCCUUUUAUAUUUGUUGGAACUCAAGAAAGUACAGGAAAUGCAAAAAUCUUACUGGAAUAUAACCUAGACCAUCUAAAGGAAGUAGAGAAGUUGAGAUUAGAGAAGUUAGAGAUUGACCAACAGUUGAAGAGUUUAGCAGGACCCACGACUGGACAGUACUACCCACCCCCACGAGAAAGGAGGGGUAGUAACGACCCAUCCUCGGAUGACCGCGGAAGACGGGGAUCAGGAAGGGGGCGGGGCAGAGGAGGACGACGAUGGGCCAAUGAGAGACGAACAUACAACACAGAUGAAUCGCCUCCAGCACCUAUUGCGGAUUGGUCAGAGGAGAUGAAUGCAGAAGACAACCGCCAGUCUGGCUACUACACAGAUAGUAUUCUGACUGGGAGAGGACCCCGAGGGGGAGGGGGAUAUCGGCCGCGGGGUAGGGGAGGCAGGUUUCCCAGGGGUUCAGGAUACUCAUCCAAUAGGUCUUCAGAUUUCUAUGACCAACAACGAUAUAGAUCAGAUAGACCCAGUUAUUCCACAAGCAGACAGAUGGCAUAUGAUACAGAUGAGUCACGAGACUUCCGUACUCGUCGCAGGAUGACAGACGAUGAUGACACAGUAUUAGACAAUGCCAGUGUUACAAGUCAAGACCAAGAUGAUGCUAGAGACCAGAGACCCAGGAGGAAGCGACGGAAUAGAAAUCGUCCCUACGGCAACGGAAGUGCUGCAUCGGGUACGGAAACAGACAAUAGUGUAUCAAAUUACCGGCCCUCUGGUGGCCGGCCCUCACAAUUUCAGAAUGACAUGUCCUCUAACCUUGUGAAUUCUGUGAAGACUGAAUUAUUAAAAGUGAAAACUGAACCAUCGGGACCGUCCAAGGGAGAUAAAUCAAACAACACGAGUAAUUCAAAAUCUGGUGGGGAAUCAAGAAAACCGGGAUCAGGCCAGCCUCGAGAACAGAGGAAACCUGUGCAGAAGUACUCCACUUCAGCAAGGAAUGGAACAAGUGGUUCAGAAUCCGAUUCUAAAGCAACAAAAAGCAAGAAUAACUCCACGGCUAGCAGUAAACCCAAAGAACAGAUUGUUAAUGGAGAGUAGGACUGCCUAAAGAAAUCUAGCUGAGAAAAGAAAAGCUCACUCAGCUGAGCAUGUUAUCUGAUAUACCUUUUCAUCCUCCUUCCACAGGAGAGUGCUUUGUUACCUAGGAAACCAUUUAAGACAUUGUUUAGUGUUUGAGGUUUCUAUCUUCACUUUGGAGAUAGUGUUUGCUAUGCAAUUUGUGUAUGCCCAUCAUGGUGACUUCUGUCCUGUUAUAUUGACUGAUGAGAUGUCUGUAAUAUUGACUGUCUGUCACUGUCAUGUUGUGUGAACUCUCUUGAACUUUGACCUGUGGAAUUCCAGAUUUGCUCUGUCCCAAAGAUUUUUGCAUAAUAACUUGCUGAUUCAACAUAGGAUGUUAUACUGACUUCUGUUUACGACAUUAGUAUUACUUUCAUCAGAACCGAUAUUAAGAAUGUGAUUGAUGCGAUGGGUCGGGUUAAGAAUGUGAUUGACUCGAUGGGUCGGGUUAAGAAUGUGAUUGACUCGAUGGGUCGGAUUAAGAAUGUGAUUGACUCGAUGAGCCGGGUUAAGAAUGUGAUUGACUCGAUGGGUCGGGUUAAGAAUGUUCUUGACGCGAUGGAUCAAGUUAAGCUUGUUAUUGACUCGAUGGGUUGGGUCGGGAGACUUCUUACUGCUAAGUAUUAAGUUAACUGUAUUAAGUUAACUGUACAUGUAAUAUCAAUACACACAUCAAUGUAAUACAGGCUUGUUGUUUUGAGAGAGGCAUUAGUCUGCUGCUUAGUUUGGUUCCAUUUUCAUGAUUUUAGAUUUUCAUAUCUUCUAAAGUAAAGAGACCAGAGAAGAAAGCAUGUAUGAAACUCGGCUGCAUUUAGCAAUUUUCUUUUUAAACUUUUCCUCCUGUAUCAGUCGUUUAUUAUUAUUAUUAUCUGAAUCUUCAUUUUAUCAGUAUUUUUUUAUUAUUCUUUUUUUUUUUUUUUUUUUUUUUUUUUUUGAUUGGAAAACUACAUAUCAAGAUUCUUACCUUUGGGUUUUUCUUUUGCACUGUCCAUGUUUUCAGUACCAGUUGAACAUUAACAUAGUGAGAAAACUAUGAUAUGUUGGGUCACAAAAUCUGUGAGAUCAUGUCUGAUUGUCAAUGUUAACGAAUUUUACAUUUCCACAAAAUCCUGGAAAGAAUCUGACAAAAAGUAUAUCAUGAUUUACUUUUAUUGAUUUUUCUGUCUAAAUCUCGAAAAGCGUUAAGUGGCAGAACAACUUUGUUAUUGUUGUUUGACAGUCCUAUAGAAUUUCAUAUAAAACUGAUUAUACACUGUAUAUGUGAUAAGAAAGAUAAAAUGUUCACUUGUUGAGGACAAUCAAUUUUAAUUUUGCUAUAGUACUUAAAGUUACAGAAAUAUUUUUCUACAAAAUUGAUAUGUUAGAUCUUUUAAUUAACACUUUGGAAUCAGUUUGUCCAACAAAUGUCUGUUUAUCUGUCUGUAAACUGCAGGUGACACAAUACCAUAUUGUUCAUGAUAACUCCUCAAGAAAAUGUACUCUUGAUUGCCUUCGUUGUGAGAUCUUGCUUGUGCAUUUGUCAUGAUUAAAAAUUAGAAAAGGAUGGACUUUAUAUGAUUAACGAUGUACCACAUGUAAUAUCACACCAUGUUGUAUAUUUUGAAGGAAUGCAAUAUUGCAGGUCUUGAUCUAGAGCACCUGCGCUGUACUUAUUAAGGUGUUCCAAACUUAGAGUAAUUGUAGGCCAGGGACUCUAUUUAGGACAAGUAUAAACUUAGUCUAUGAUAGUCAACAGUGUACUGUAUCUUGUUAUAUAUACUUUGGCAUUGGUCGUAUUUUGACACACCUACACUUGUCCCUAUUGGAGCUAUUAUGUAAUAGAAGACUUGAGUAAAUAUAAAACUGUAGUAUGACAUCAUUCGUAGUGGAAGGUGUUUCCAGCUCAUAUAAAUCAAAGUUGUAUGGUUUGAAUUUUGACAAAUGUGACAAAACCUUGUUAAAUUAUCACAUGUACAUAUUUAUGAGGCUGUAUAAAAUGUCAUACAUUAUUUCACCUGUUUUGACCAGAAUUAUUUGGUUUUAAAUCAUUAUUUACAAACCAAUUCUGUACAAUUUGAAAAAAUAACAGAUGAACAUCACACUAUAAAGUUUAAGUAUAUAUAACUUUUGUAUAAAGUUUACAUCUGAAUUUCACAUCUAGGUGUGAUGUCUAGGACUUGUAUCAUAUGAUGAUGAAGUCCGAAAAUGUGACACGAGGGUAUUUUUUCUCGGCAUUGAUCAUGAGUAUGAUGAAAAUUGUCCUCUGAACUGCUGAGAAUGAGCAUUUUUGUGUGUGGUGAACAUUAAGAAAUACUUAACUAGAUUGACUUUGUACUAUAGAAUGUCAGCGUUGUGAUUUAUGAUGAGGUGGUUAAGUAAUUUAUGUACUGGAAUGUUGGAUAUAACACUUACAGAAGGCUGAGUGUUCUACAAUGAGAAUUUGAUAUGUAUUUUGAUGCAAGGGGCAAAUAACUCUUGCAACACAUUUUGAAUAAUUGUGUCAUGUCUCUUGGAAACUUUUGUGAACCAAAAAUCCGAUGGAAUGUAUUGUGACUGCCUGUGUUUAUUAUGUGGAGAUUGUACUUCAACUACUGCCAAGUAGCUCGUAGAGUUUUGAUUAGUGGAGUUGUCGCAUUCAUUACAGUGUUUACGUUAUUAUAAUUGACUGCCUAUCGACAGUGAGGUUGUUGCACUGCUUUAGAUGGAGCGUGUGAUAGAUUUUUUUUUUUAUCUGUUCAGUUUGUGAGAUGAAAUUAUUUGCGAGACUGAAGACAUUAUUAAUUUAUUUCAUUUUAGGCCAUUCAUUUGUAGUUACCUUCCAUCCAAUGCGAAUUUUUUUUUUUCUUUUUGUAAUAAAACAUUGCUAAGAUAAGAUUG